AAGGGCCGCCCAAGGAGGGCUGCCAGGCGGCUCCCCCCUCCUGGCAAGGGCCCUCCGGAAAGCGCCGGGCGGUGCCGGCCUCGGCUUCCGGGCCUCGUAGCAGGCGGACCCGGCUCCGGGCGGAACGGGUGCGCGCGCGGGCGGGCAAGGCAGCCGCCAGAGGGCGCAGAGGGAAGAGGAGGCUGCAGAACCUCUCUGGGCGCCUUCUCUAUGGCGGGCCGCCGCUCUGGGCGCUUUACCGGAAGUGUGUCGUGUCCCCGCCCUUCUUUGCGCCUGCGCAGUCUCCGCCCCGGGAGGGGGAGGGGGUUGCGUUGCGCCAGCGAUGGGGGCCGACUCCGAGGACGAGUUCCGGGAACAGCAGCGGCGGCGGCGGGAGGACGUGGGGCCGGUGCUCUGCCAGCUGUGCCGGGCGGACCUCUCGGCGCUGGACCCGCUCCGGAGGCAGCAGCACGUCAACCGGUGCCUGGAUGAGCUGGAGGGGCUCCCCCCGCCCUUGCCGCCGCCGCCGCCCUCCGUCCCCGACUGCCCGGUCUGCGGGAAGGGCUUCGGCUCCCUCAAAGCCCGGGCGGGCCACCUCAAGCGCUGCGCGGCCAAGAUGGACGUGCCCCCGACCCUCCUCCUCCAGGCCGUGCGGAGGCAGCAGCAGCAGCAGCAGGAGCCUUCCUCCUCCUCCUCCUCCCCCUCCCUGGGCAACCGCCUCCCUUCUCUCCCCAGUCACCUGAAGCGGAAAGUCACCUCUUCCAUCGAGAAUUUGGCCAAGAAACCAAAGACAGCACCCAAAAUAGACGGGGCAGAUGAGGACUUGCUGGUUGCUAUGGCGAUGUCACGCUCUCUCCUGGAGAAAGAGAAGGCCGCAGCCAAACUGCGAGCCAGGGAAAAAAAGAAUGGUGCGAAGCCUCCCGACUCGCCACCACCGCUGCUGCUUCAGGAUGCACAGAAGAUGCACAGAGACAUGGAGGAGCGUGUGGGGCAGUUGCUUUCAGAGGCAGGAGAGUUCCCCAGCACCCCCCAGCUCCCCUCCAGCCGCCUCUUGGAGAGGGAGCGGUCCAGAGAGGCAGGUGGGCAGCCAGCGUCCUCCAGAGGCCCAGGCUCUUCCUUGUGGGAGUUCAGCUCAUUAACGGGGCCGUGUCUCCCUGGCAGUUUCACAGCUACCGGCCUUGAUCUUCCUGUUCCUUCACAGCUGCCAGGGACCCAGAGCCUGGCGCUGGGCACUUCCUUGACUUUGCCUGGCCCUGUUGGAUUGCAGGAGAUAGAUUCCACGCCCCCCAAGGCCAGCCCUUUCCAAAGCAUAGAUGAUGGCGAACGUCAAGGCUGUGGCCCCAGAGAUGAGCAAGCCGCCAACCCGCUAGAUGUCCAGGCCCUACAGGACUUGGAGGACCUCGCUGAAGAAGGGCUUACCCUUACCCAGUGGGGCCUGGAGGUUCGGCAGCUGGAGAGGGCAGGGCGAGAGGAGGAAAUGGCAAACACUUUCCAGACCAGUUCUGUCUUGCCAGGGGAGAACAGACUGUCCUUGAGAAGCCAUCACCAAACAGUCUUGCUGGAUUUAUUGACCAGUGCCUUCAGGGAGAUGGUCAACAAUCCCCACUUGAGUGACCUCCAGUUCCAGGUGGACAGCGGAGAGAUCCUCUACGCUCACAUGUUUGUCCUUUAUGCUCGCUGUCCCUUGCUUAUGGAAGCGGUGGACUGCAUGGGAUUCAGAGUGGCUGAAGAAGGCGGCAUGUGGACCCGCCGGAUGCUGCUGAGCGAUGUGCCUCGGGAGGCCGUGCAGGUGUUCUUGAGCUACCUUUACACGGCCGACUCCGUCAUCCCUCGCCGGGUCCUGUCGGACGUGGGCGCCUUGGCCGACAGGUUUGGCGUGAGGGAGCUCGCUGCUCUGUGUGGAAGGGACCAGCUGGGUUCACCGGUGUCUGGAGAAGAGAAGGAAGAUGGAGCUGGCAGCGAGGAAGGCAGGGAGGAGAUCCUCGAAGAGCUCUUGGAAUCCAUGUGGCCGGAAGGAGACAAAGAGGCUCAGCUGAGAGGGGGCCGCCCAGAGGAAGCAGGCAGUGAAAACAUGAGUGAGCAGGACUUGGAGGAAAUCUAUCAAUUUGCUGCCACCCAACAUCGACUGGCGGAACGCCAGGCAGAGGAGGGGAGAGGCCGUCGUGAGGCCCAGCGUGGCCUGAAGAGCUCCCUAGGAGGGGAAGGGGGAGCCAGACUGGGCCCCUCUAGGGAGGAGGAGGUGGGGCCGAGAAGGUCCCUUUGCCUUGAGUUGCAGGAAGAGGCCCGGGAGGGGAGGGGACUCUCCAGAGGAGCCGCUGAGGCUUCCAAGGAGGAGGAGGAGGACUGCCUCCUCGUGCGGGAGGGCUGCGCCACACGGUCCCCGCAAAGGCGGAGGGCUCAGGAGCCGAGCCCUGACGUGGGCAGCGAAGGUGCCACAGUGGGACGGCCUCCUGGCCUCCGGCGGGUGUGGAAGAUGUUGUCCGGCGAUGGCGCUAGUCAGCUACACGGGGAGGCUUUUCCUGCCCAAGACCGAGGCCCCCCCUCUUCCUCUCCCCCACCAAAAACAGCCGACGCCAGAGGGCUUCCAGGAGCCCCUGUCCACCUCCCAGCUGCCUCCCAGCCCACCGUGGCUGGGAGGUGCUCCUCCUCUCAGAGCAGAGGCAGCCAGGAGCCCCUGGGGAGGGAGGCCCCCGUCAGUCGCUUGGAUCACCCCCCGGGUGGGCCAGGGACUCUUUCCACCGGUGCCGAUAGCCGUCCAGUUGUGGUGGUGCUGGAUUCUGAGGAGGAGGAGGAGGAAGAAGAAGAGGCAGAGCAGGGGAAAGGCAGGGAGCCGUGCAUAGGCUGUGUCCCUUUGGGUCAUCCAGGCAUCCGGUGUCAGGUGCUGGAGCCUAUGUCGAACGGCAAGGAGUGCCCGGGGGCAGGCAGCUGUUCACCCCUGCACUGGGUGAGCCCUGAGAAGGGCAGCAGGGGCCGGGGGCCGGGCAGCCUCGCUGGUGUGACUGGAGGGUCCCUGGGAACGAGGCCUGCUGGCCAGGGGCGGAGCAGUGAUGAAGAGGACGCUUCCUCGGAGGGAGGACUGACGCUGGUUCCAGACACGCCGGUGCCAUGCGGGCAGGGGAUAAGGAGUCCAUGGGCGGCAUGGGGUGGUUGGAAGUCAAGGGACGAGGCUGGCCCCCUCGACCGCAGCCCGUCUCCACUGAGGCCGCCUGCGAAGGAGGUCUGUUCCCCCCGGUCUGCCUUGCCCUCCUGCUGGCCUGCAAGUGGGAAUCCUGGCGGCAGCCGCCACCACCGCCUCAACCACCCUGCUUCGCGUGGAGCCCAGAAGGUGGAGGAGGCAGCCGUGGUCAUUCUGGAGGACAGCGAAGAGGAGGCGGCGGAGGCUCGGCCAGCCGCUGCCCUUUCCCUGGGAGAGGCCUCCUCGCUCUCUACAGAGCCCACGUGUGCCGCUGAUGGCAGGGAUGGGCUGGGGAUGCCCUUGGUGGCUUCAGAGGCGAGAGGGGGCAGCCCCCUGUUGGAGAGGAGCCCCUUCACCUGCCGGACCGAUUCAUCGGAGGAGGAAGCCCGAGAGUGGGCGGGCGAAGACUCUGACAGCAGUGAUGUCCUCCCGCUGGCCCAGAGAGUGCCCCCAGCAGGGACCCCUCCGAGGGCUCAGGGUCCUGUUUGCGAGGCCAGGGAGAGGCCGGGCACGGCGACCCCACAAACGCCAAUGCCCUCUUACUCCACCAUGGUGACCCCGGAGCUGAAGAAGGAGUUGAGAAGGUUUGGAGUCCGAGCGCUUCCCAAGCGGCAGAUGGUGCUGAAGCUGAAAGAAAUCUUCCAGUUUACUCACCAGCAAGUGGGAUUGGACGCCAAGGAAGAGGCUGCCUCUUGCUCCCCACAGGCCCUGUCCCCGAGAGCUCCACCCCGGGCUCUUCCCAAGCAGGCAGCUGGAUCCGUCCAGCCUUCUCACUUGCCCCAAGGGGGCCUGCUCCAUCUUCGGGAUCCAAGUCCUGGAGGCCAGGCCAGGCCAGGCCGGUGCCGUUUGCAGGUUGGGCCAGAUGCACAGUCUUUUUCUGCAGCGGGGCUUCGCCUUGGAAGCGCCCCUGAGAAUAGCCGGACAUCUCUCGCAGUGUCUCAAGGCCCAACCAGUUCCCUGGCAAGGGACAGCAAGAGGUCUGUGGCUUCGGAGAGGUCUUCUUCGUUUGUGUGUGAGGCCCACAGCGCCCUGGGGGCAGUGAGAGAGGCUGAAGAAGCAGAGCACCUCCCAGCCUCUCAGGCUUCCUCGGGCCUCGAGACAGACAAACUGGAGGCCCUGCAGCGCUACCUUCACGCCACCCCUGCUCUUGGCCGCCAGAUCUUGCUGUACCAACCCAUUGAGCUGGCUGGGUUGCAGGCAAAGCUGAAGGAGCAGGGCAUCCGGAUUGCUCUGGGCAAGCUGCUGGACUUCCUGGACACUCAGUGCAUCACUUUUACCACGGCAGAAGCUCGGAAAGAGAAAAGAACCCCCCAAAAGGGGAGGCGACGCUGCUGAGGUGCUUUUGUGGGACCGAAUGAGACUUCACGGCAGAGCUGCUGACAGGAGGUGGCAUGAGAAGUGCCCCACCCCCCACCCCCAAAGACAGCAACUUUUCCCUUGACUGCAACCUUUCCCCAGAGCCCCUGAGCAGCUGGUGGUGUUGGGCUCUGCCUGAGUGUUGCUGUCUUCUGCGCUUCUUGUUUCUCUUGAGGGAAUGGCCCCUUCCCCUGCUGCCAGACUUCUCUUGGAAACCUUUUUUUUUGGGGGGGGGGUGUUCAACAAGGGAAGCUUGGGUGGAAGGAGUUCUCAUGUGCUGUGGCUCCCUCCUGCCACCACGAGUUCCACUAGACCAGAUUUGAGUUGUUCACUUGUGGCCUUGCAGGACUUUUGUAGAACUUGCAGGUCUCUCUCAUGCAGUUUAAUACUGCAGUUUUAUUCAGGUGGUUUUGCCAUGCCUGUAUGUAAUAAAAGGAUUUUGCUAUGUUAACAA